ACCAGAAGAAGAAGAAUCACUUCCGGGAUAAACAAGGACAUGUGUUAAAUAAGUAUCCUUGUGAAUGUCUGUCUCCAGCCUGCACACCGUCCUGUCCGUCACUGGGGGAGGAACUGACAGCUGUUAGAAGUUGUAUUUAAACACACCUGUUAGAAAAGUGUUAGUUAGCGUUACUCGACUUUAUGGCGGCUUCUGCUCAUGUCUCCAAAGUGCGCUCCUUGUACAAGAGGAUCCUGGUGCUGCACCGGUUCCUGCCGAUAGAUUUAAGAGCCCUCGGGGACCAGUAUCUGAAAGACGAGUUCAGAAGACACAAAGCUGCAUCCUCCUCCGAGGUGAAGAGCUUCAUGACGGAGUGGGAGAACUACAAGGACACCCUGCAGACUCAGGUGCUGGAGUCGGCGAGGGGGCAGCUCAGCUCAGUCAAGUUCGGCUCCCACCUUCCGGAGGGGGAGCUCGGCAACUUCCAGGGAGACCAGAUAGGCCAACUGUACGAACUCAUGCUGGAAUCCACCAAAUCCAGCAGACAGUUUGACAUCCAGGAGGACGGAAAGUGAACACGCAGAACACGCAGAACACGCAGAACACGCAGAACACGCUCUGAUGGAGUCAGACCUUUUACAUUCCCUCUGAGUGCUUCAGAUUAGAAGUGGUACUCAAAGGGAGACGAGAGGCUUUUAAGUAUAUUAUAUUAAAGUGCUGUGUAAUAGC